AUGCCCACCCCGGGCGAUGACGAUCCAGACAUCGAAAACCUACAAAUAAAGAAGAAAAAUACGAUAACCCUGGACUCGAACAAAUUCAACAAACACAGAAAACGAAAAAGAACAUGUGAUGAAAACGACGAAACAAUCACGCACCCUACAACAAAAAUAAAAGCUGCUGCUAACAACAGAAGUAACAAAACUUACCCACUCACUCAAAAUUCCUUCGAAAACCUGCAAAAUGAAGAAGAUGAAAACGAUAAUAGCAUGACAUGCGAAGGCAGCUCAACACAAAUACAUAAACCAAACAAUACAACAACACAAUUAAACAAAAAUGCACUAAAGAAAAAUACCAAGAACGUCGACAGGGUCAUAAAACCUCCACCAAUAAUUAUACAUAACACGGUAGAUGACCACAAAUAUUUAAUCGAACAACUAAAAUUAAUGGCCCCAAAGGGAUUCAGUAUUAAAUACAAUAAAGAGACGAUAACAAUCUUUAUCAACGAUCUACAAGACUGGAAAGAUACCAAAGAAGUACUGGAAGCCUCACAAGUCGAAUACCAUUCGUACACAUCUAAAAACGAAAAAACACAUGCCUUUGUAAUAAAGGGACUUGACAACAAACCAUCUAUGGAAGAAAUACAAGAAGAAUUAGAAAACUCAUACAAGUUAUCAAUUAAAAAUGUGUUCGAAAUGAAAGGAACUGUAAGACCAGCUUAUUUAAUAGUGACCGAUGACACCGUAACCCUUAAAAAUUUACAACAAAAAGUGCAAAUACUCAAUAAUAUUAAAAUUCAGUGGAGUAGACAUUACAAUAAUAAACUAAUAACCCAGUGUCACCGUUGCCAAAUGUGGGGACAUGCUACUAGUAAUUGCAGAGCCCAACCUGUUUGCAUGAAGUGUGCAAAUGAACAUUUUACAAAAGACUGCCAAAAACCCGACUGUGAUCCACCAAAAUGCAUUAAUUGUGAAGGAGAACAUCCAGCGAACAGCACCCAGUGUCGGGGAACCGGGGUUUACCCCGGUACCACCUCAAAAAUGGACAACGAAAGUCGAAUCAAAAAUUUAUCACAACAUGUGCAAAUGGAAAUCGAAAAAGACAAUACAAAAAAGAGGCAAACAUCUCCAAACGAAGAAGAAUUCCAAAAACCUAAGAAGGUGUGUUUUUUAUCAAAAUAUGCUAAACAAGCACCAACGAUUAAAAACAUUAGUUUUAUAACAACUAAUAGGUACGAAAAUCUUAGAACCGAGGAAAAUGAACAAGAAGAAGAAGAACAAGCCGGAGUCAGUAACUACGAAAACGAGAAAAUAGCCAAAGAAACAAAUGAAAAGACGAAAAUUCCACCAAUAGUAAUUAACAAAAAGUUUGAAAAUCACAAUGAACUCACGAAAGAGAUAAAAAAAACACUGACCAAAGGAUUUUACCUAAAAUUUACAAAAAACACAACAUUAAUUUUUGCGGAGGAUGAAAACGAAUAUAAAACGCUACUAAAGGAAUUAGAAGACACCGAACUUGAACAUCAUUAUUACACUCUACCAAAAGAUAAAAGUCAUGCUUUUGUAUUAAGAGGCUUAGAUACCGAUCCAGAAUUAACAGUAAUAGAAGACGCGUUACAUAACGAACAUCAAAUUACAACUAGAAAGAUAUUCAGGAUGAAAACGAAAUCUAGACCAUUAUAUCUCAUAACAACGAAUGCAGGAAUCACGUUAAACUGGUUGAAUCAAAAUGUUAAAUAUUUACUACAAACGCGAGUAUAUUGGGAUAGACGUCAAACCAACAAAGAAAUAAUACAGUGUCACAGAUGCCAAUCGUGGGGACAUGCCACAUCAAAUUGUAGACGUGAUUACAAGUGUCUAAAAUGUGCCAAAGAUCAUCCGACAUAUAUGUGCAAGAAAACAAUAGAUAUGCCGGCAGUAUGCGCAAAUUGUGGAGAGGAUCAUCCUGCAAACUCAACGAAAUGUAAAGUCUACUUGGAUAAAAUCGAAAGAAAAAGCCAAAAUAGACCAAACAAACAGAUCCAAAUAAAAAGGAACAACCCGUUCACAUUAAGAACAGAAGAAUUUCCAGAACUAUCACUGCCAUCAACAAGUGCUGCUUACCAGAAGGAACCCAACAGGAUACCACCAGUAACCAGAAGAGCUCCCUGGGCCAACAGGACGACAGACAUUCCAGUCAAACACCCGACGAUGGAUUUCAGUGAUAUUAGUGAAGUGACAAAUGAGCUAAAUAAGCUUAACGAACAAAUUAAUAUGAAACAAGUGCUAGAAGCUUUGAAAGACUUGAAUCAGAGAAUAUCGAGAGCGAAAAACAAUUUCGAUGUAAUUUUAAUUAUGCAGGCUUUCAAGGACGAAGUCAACGAAUAUACUUUCUUCAAAAAUGGGAAAUAA